CUGCUUGAUAUUCUAGUCUACGUUAUAGUUUCGCGCCAGUUUUAAUCAAGCCACGUGCUUUUUUUUUGUGAUAGUACUCAUCUCAAUGUAAAGUAACUUGUACCAUUUUCUACAUUGGAGUUAUUUUCUUCUCCAAUAGAGAGCGAGUGUCAUCGACCCUUGAUUCAGUGAUUAAGUUUGGCUGUGUGUUAAAAAGCAUUGGACAAACUCAAUUGAGGGUGUUUUGUUGGAACACAAUACUUUAUAAACUAGAACACAAAGUGGAAAUGUGUAGGAAACUGUUUCUCAAAGAUCCAGACAUGAAAAGUGCCCAGAACAUCUUGUUACCUAUCUGAUGAAGUGAACUGACUAGAUGGUGGAGCAGUCGGCUUUUAAAGUGACAAUUAGACGUCCAAACAUUUGCUUUGAUUAAACAACACAAGAGCGCUGACUGCUUACUGGACCCGGGUCUCAAAGUCGACAACUCAGAUCUAAGACUCAUCAAAAACUUCAACUCGAAAUCCCAACUGUGAGGACAAAGCAUCGGUUCACAUGGAGAUCAACGCCUUCUUGUCAGUGGUCAGUCCACUCGGAUGUCCUCCAAACUUCGUACAUGUCUGGUCGCACUAUGUCAAGUCCAAACAGACACAUUCUGAUCUCAGGCGUACGUGUCCUCAUAUACCUAGGUACCAGGACGCUUAACUCACUUCUCCUCAACCCUCCUUUUUUACAUCAGGCCAGGUCUUUCCUCGUCUCCCCCCCCCCUUCCUGUCCAUGUCCAAAGGUCAUACCAUAAAACUACCUCUUCAUUCGCCGUCGUGUGUCGCUCCUGGGUCAUCCAGAGAUGUCACACAUCUAGUGGACAUCUCUAAGCCUUUCUUUCCAUCUCUUCACAUUUCAUGUUAUUAUUAUUAUUGUGAAUCAUUAUUGUGUUCAUGCUUCGCCUGUUACGCCAAUCAUUGUCAAGGUCAUCAAGUGCAAUCUGCUCAGAACAUAAUCAUUCAUCUCGUUUUAUUUAUUAUUGUUACCUAAACUGAGGGAAAAAAAGAUUCAACUUUGAUUGAAACUUUCUGCAAUCAUUCGAUUAGAUUUUGAUUGAAACUUUUGAAUCCUCAACAAAAAAAAAGAGUCUCAAAAUAAACAAAGCAAGAAAAAUAUCUCCAACAAUGCAAUCACCAUUUUGCCUGCUGACUUCCGGUGUGACUGCUUCACGCUUCACUGCUCACCUGUUGUAGAUCGCCUAGCCCCCACCCCUCACAGGCAGAACAGCGGGAUCAUCAUUCUGAUGUGCACAUCACUCCAGGCAUUAUACGAAUGAUGCCCUUGAUUCUGACACUAGCUGAUGAGAAUUGUCCGAGACAAUAGCAUGUGUGUGUGUUCUAGAAGCAGGUCCUCGUACUCCUCUACCUCCAGAUUCUUGUAGUAUCCUUUAUAUUAUUUAUAUAUUGUUUGAGCGUUAGAAGAAGUUGUUCUUUGUUGUUUUGUGUCAACUUCAAGCGAAGAAUAUAAAGUUUGAAGGACAAAUUAGAUCUAUCUGGAUUGAAGUCGCGUACACUAUCUGAACAUUUGCUCAGCUUGCAGACCUAACUUUUUAAAAUUUAAUGAAUCAAUAAAUGCAAAGCGCAAUCAUCUUAGCGUCUUCUUUGAGCUGAGGAGCAGGUCCACUAGGAGCACCAUCCCAGUUCUAUAUAUCUUCCAAUAGUUCAACUGGUCAACGGAGGUUUCCAAACAAGGGAAAGUCCAGUGUUAUUUAAGACAGACAACUAGAACAAAAUGGAUCUGCUGCAACGUCUGGAUGUGCCUUCUCUGUCAGACUCCAGUGACACUGACGAUUUCUUACAGGAGUUGGCAGCACUGAACGAUGCCGGACUUCUUCGUGCAACAAUGGAGUCUUUGGAGUGCGGACGGCUGACGCCACUGAUCAAAGAAGAGUUACGGUGUCGCAUCCAGAGUCGUCGACUGUCUGAAGGAAAGGAGGAGCUGCUGGUGGAGUUUCCAUCUCCCACACCAUCACAUCCACGACCAGACGAGGUGCAGAAGAGAGACAGAAGGAGAGAACAGAACAGAAGAGCGGCCCAAAAGUUCCGAAAAAAAAAGAAAGAGAGGGGAGAGCAUCUGAUGGAGGAAACUCAAAGAUUGGAAUGUCACAACACCACGCUGCUGACAGAGAUCAAACAGCUGCACGAAGAGCGAGAGCAGCUGACGCGUAUCAUACGCAGUCACGCCAGCGUGUGUCCACUCACGCCUCGACAGAGCCCGCUUACUAUCGUUCGUGAGAGUCCACUACCAGGUUCUAUUCGGGGAUCUCCACUCACGCUGCCCCUCAGUGCGGCUGCGUCCAUCCUGGCCAAGAGCCCAGUGAUGGGAAAGAGUCCAGUGGUGGUUCAGAGUCCGGUGCUUCUAGUGCCGCCUACUCGGGAGAGCCCUGUUCCUCUCCUCAUCCUUAACCCCACGAGGGAAAGCCCCAUACCAGGACGCGUCGUGCCCAGUAGUCCAGUCCCCAUGUCAGGGCGACCUAGGAAGAGCCCAGUCUCUAUACUUCGCAUCAACCAGUCGCCCAUUCCGGGAGAGAAGUUCGGUGACAGGAGUCCAAUACCUUUUGGUUCGCCACCGAAGCAGAGCAAGCACUCCAUACCACCACGUCUCAAUCUAGCAGGACCGAAACCGGUAGUGCCCAUCCUUCCAAAGCCUGCAGCCAACAGCACGCCGUCGCCCAAGACGCCUCUGGGAGUGACGAUGAGUCCUCUGCCUACGGCUACAAGUCCUAUAACCGCAGGGGGAAGAACAAUUCACAUGAGUCCGGUUUUCUUCGGCGAGGGAUGCUUCACCCGUUCAGGGAGAACAAGGCAGAUCAGCCAGAGCCCCAUCUCGGUGACAGACAGCAGCAACAGCUCAACUCCGGCGAGGAUCACACAGCAGAGUCCGGUCUUUUUCGGCGACAGGGCGCCGAGCAGUGCUCAGUCUGCAGUUCAUUUUCUCCAGCCGUCUUCAGCAUCUUCGACAUCAUCGACCUCUUCCCUGGCGUCCUUGCUUCGCCGAGAGAGCCCCUUGUCAGUCAUAAGCAAUAGCAGCGUCUUCUCUAACAACAACGGCACAGUGUUUGUAGGCAGCAGUUCCAGCAGCACAAACAGUAGCAGCUCUCAGCUUUCCAGCAUCAGCCAAGCAGACAGCACCGCCCCCAUCAUAGCUAACACUAAUAUUAACAUCAACAGCAUCAAUAACAACAAUUUGAGCAGCAACAACAACGCCAUUAACAAUAACUCCUUUGGCAGCAGCGGCGCCAUCGACAACAACAUGUUCAACAAUAUCAACAGCCAAAUUAAACCGCCCGUCUUUAUGGGCAGUUCCCAAAGCUCAGCAGCCCGCGAGGCGCACGAUGACGACGUCCUUUGCCUGGAAGACAUCGAAAGAAGCGCUACAGGGGUGGAGGCCAGGGACGAUCUGAUCGACUUUAUUGACAUUCAGGCCCUUCUGGAGCUAAGCGGCGAACAGAAUGGGCCCAGCACCAUUGAACCUAACAGAAACCAACAGGACGACUCGGGGAGUUCGCUCAAUAUUAGCCAGACAAGAAACAAUUUUGACUCUUUGACUAUGAACCACAUUGAAGACUCAAUGAUGGAUGAGAGCGCGACUCACGGCGCGCAUCUUGACGCCGAUAUAGGUCACCUGAACACAGAUAACGUCUGCCAGUCGAUGUGUCAGCGUGAAAAUAUUCUGUCCAGUCCGGACUUUGACCGAGAGACGCAGGCCAACACCAUUCAAAGAAUUACACAAAACCUACUUCCCUUCGACCAGAGCUUGUCAGGUUUGCAACAGACAGGAAGCUCUUUUGGUUGCCAUAACAACGACAGCGGUCAGGCUGGACACUUCCAGAACUCUCUUCUCUCAAGUCAACAAGGGUGUGGUGCUUUUCACACAAACAGCUGCACUACCUCAAACCUGCGGCAGGAUUUAAAUUAUUCCUUAGACACACGAAGGCAGGUAGGCAGUUUUGGUGGACAACAGGAAAGUGCUUUUAGAGGCCCCGUAGUUGAGCAAGACAUGACCAGCACGCUCAAAGACUAUUUCAAGCCCCACCAAGAGAAUAUGCUCACACCGCAGACCCUGGCUGCACUUCAGAAUAGCCUGCGGGAACUGCUCAACGCACAAAACCGCAUGGCUCAAUGCAACGCCUCCACCAACCCGUCCUCGGGGGACGAAAGACGCAUCGGGGACGCUGAUGUCAACUCGGCGGCCACAUCGGCAGCUGUCAACAAUGACAACAACCUCAUGUCCAGCGGAGACGCAAGUCUCGCCAGCAACAACUUCGGCAGUUCGAUAGGGGGCAUCAACGACAACUCGGAGAGCGACUUCAUGAGCCUGCAGAGUUCUCUUUCAAUGGACAUGCUCCUGGCGUGUUCUAACAUGUGCAGCACCAGCUCCGAGAAUCGAUUCCCUCAGGCUGGAAAUCAGUAUUCAUAACAUCGUCAUAAACGUUUUUGUUAAAUUGAUGGAACAGCAAAACUUAUUCAUAGAUUCAUUUCAUUUAUCCUGAGACAAAACCAAUAGGCAGUUGAUAAAAAGUCAUCAAGUCUUCAUCCUUGUUAGGCUACAACUUGAACUCCCUACUCCCCUUCUAGUGUUAUCCCGAGUAUGAAUAGACAUGACAUGUAACAUCGCCACUCAGAUAACGGAGGCCAGAUAACAUUACUCACUACUGAGUUGAAAGCUCCUAUUUUGGAGAGCUGGAUAGCCAAAGUAGAUGUUACACAGGUACCUGCUUGGUGAUGGAGCCGGUUCGAGGUCCGUGAUUCGAGUUCUCCUUGAGGCUUAUAUGUAUUUCGGCCUAGUUUCUUCACCUUCUUCUCUAAAUAACCUCUACUGUUGGUGCUGCGAUUAUUCUAUGUUACAUGCCAUGUUUAUUCAUACAUUAUUUCAGCACUAAAAGCUUCAAACUCUAUAUUUCCUAGACUGCCUCAAGUCAUAUUAAAAACCAGCAGACGUAUGGAAGGGACGAGCUGAUUCAAUGCUACAUCGUUAGUCGCUACCAGAGUCAUUAGUUCUCUUCUGCUUGCCCGUUAUUGACAAUGUUCUGAAUGACGUACUUCUUGAAUCAGCUUAUAACACUAAGUUAUUUGUAUAACUCUUUGUUGUCGGCCGUCUUUGUUUCUUUCUACUUGAGUCGUAUUACUAUGUGUUACGGUCAAAGUGCUUCAUCAAUUAUUUGUACAUUUCGUUUCCGAUAUUGCUUGCGGAAAUUUCCUGUUUCUAAUAGUAGUUUCUUUUUUUUUUUUCGGUUACUUUUCCUCAGGAGUUACCCGGAUCUGAUCGGUUAUUUUGUACUUCUGUGUUCCUUCUUCAAACUCAGGUUCAAGGGGCAGAUGCCAAAGAAAGAGGAGAAGAGAGAGAGAGAGAGAUAGAGAGAAAGUUUUGUUUUCUUUUUUGCUUGCACAUUUUUUCUUUAUCUCCAGCAUGUUUGAGAAUCCAUGUGUGUGCGUGUUAGAGGCAGUAUGUUGGGUAUUUGUAUACAUAACUAAUUAGUCCUAGAGGGUAAAAACGCGCCACGGCAAAUAGAGCUCAAUAUCAGAAUGAAGAUGAUUAAUAAUUGGGUAAGGAAUAAAAUAAAUGAGUUUAGACAAAGAACACAUCACUGUUUGGAUGUUACUUUGAUCAUCUUGAACAUCAAACCCAAUCAGUUACACAAUGGAUCAUUUAUACGACCUACACUAUGACCUACUCUAUGACCUACACUAUGACCUACACUACGACCUACACUAUGACCUACACUAUGACCUACACUACGACCUACACUAUGACCUACACUACGACCUACAUUAUGAAGUACACUAUGAUGUACACUAUGACCUACAAUAUGACCUACACUACGACCUACACUAUGACCUACACUAUGACCUACUCUACGACCUACACUAUGACCUACACUACGACCUACACUAUGACCUACACUACGACCUACACUAUGACAUACACAUCUCAUAACAAUGACAUAACAAUCUCAUAACAAUGACACAACAAUCUCAUAACAAUGACAUAAAAAAAUGAUAUAACAAUCUCAUAACGAUGACAUAAAAAUCUCAUAACAAUCUCAUAACAAUGGCAUAGCAAUCUCAAAACUACCUCAUGACGAUGACAUAACAAUCUCAUAACAAUGGCAUAACAAUCUCAAAACUACCACAUGAUGAUGACAUAACAAUCUCAUAAGAAUCUCUUAGCAAUGACAUAACAAUCUCAUAACAAUCUCAUAACAAUCUUAUAACAAUGACACAACAAUUUCAUAACAAUCUCAUAGCAAUGGCAUAACUAUCUCAUAACAAUGAAAUAACAAUCUCAUAAGAAUCACAUAGCAAUGAAACAACAAUCUCAUAAGAAUCGCAUAACAAUGAAACAACAAUCUCAUAAGAAUCACAUAGCAAUCAGAUAACAAUCUCAUAACAAUGACAUAACAAUUUCGUAACAAUAUCAUAACAAUCUUAUAACAAUGACAUAACAAUCUCAUAAGAAUCUCAUAGCAAUGACAAAACAAUCUCAUAACAAUCCUAUAACUAUGACACAAUAUUUUUGCGAAGAAUCGAAGCACUCUGCUUACUAACAGAUGGUUCUAGUUCUGAGCCCUAUCAGUUUUAGUUACACUCACGCUUGGAUUGUUUUUCUCUAUUUUUAAUUCUUAACAGGAGCUGAAAGGUGAUUGGGGGGGGGGGAUGAAGUAGUCACCUUUUAAUCACCUUUUUGCGCUGGCCAUAGUACAAUUCUUUUACAAUAAAAAAAAGGUACAAUGUGACAGGAAAUCAACAGAUUUAAAAAAAAAUAAAAUAAUUCUAUAUAAAUAAUAUUUGUUCAUGUCUUGUUCAGAACGAGAAGAUGUUACAUAUUUUUGUUUGAGUAAAAACUGCAUGUGUAUAGAUGUUUCGUUUUACUUCAAUAUCACAUUAUGUAAUAAAGCCAAACACAGAACUUGAGUGCUUAUGGAGCAUAUUGUUUCUGUUCCUAUGUUAUUGAAAGUAGUUUUUCAACAUAGAUUGAUUUUGUUUCAGUUUUUUGUUUUCAGAACAAAUAUUCUUUUAAGGAGAAUAGAAAUAGAACUAUUCUUGACUAUACGGUGUGUAAGUCUCUUGGCCUUAAAAGUCACUAACUCGAAAAUAAAAGUGAAUAGGCUCUAAUGGUGGUAAAUAAUAAACAUAAUAUAUAUUUCUCAAAACUUGAUAUAAAACAAUAAAUUUAGUUGAACAACUCAAUAAUAAUUUUAAGCUACAAUGAAAACGUGCAGCAGACUAUAUUUUAGCGUGAGAUGUUAUCUCUAAAUCGUUACCUGGCAAUUUCGGCUACUUUUUCCUUGCUGUCAAUUGUCAAAUUGUCUCCCUUUGUAAUUAGAGGUUUUUGUUGUUUCUUAAUUAAAAACCAAUAUUGUGGUUGAAUUUUAUUUUCUAGCUCAAUGUCAAUGUUUCCCGGCUGUUAUGUUGCUAUGUUCUCCUACAUAUGACCUAUGACCUUAUAUUUUUUGUAUAUCAGAUGACAUAGAAGAAGUGUUAUAAAUACAUUUGUUAUUCUAUUUACAUAGCGAUAGUAGUUUAGGCUUGAGAUUGUUUGGUUUGAAAGAUGGAAUGUCACAUUUCGUUCUAUUGCCAUGAAGUUUUUUUUAGCUGUUUAUUAUUUUUUAGAAUGUGUUUCUCACAUAUGACCUACAUAGAGAAUCCCACUGACCUAUAUGUUGUGUGCUAUUCUUAGAAUUAUUUCUUUUGUACUUCUGCUUACACUAUACCUAAGAAUAGUGUCAAGGGAAAUAAGAAAUCCUGUCCUGUAGCAAGGUAUGAUACCCCACUGGUAACAAUUAUUGCUCUAAAUGUUAACACAAGUUAAUGAGAAUACUAACAGAAUAAUUUACUCCAUAAUGUAUAGUGACUUCUAGCCAAGCCAAUACAAAGUUGUGAUUGUAUAAUUAUUUAUUUGUUUUCAUACAUGGACUGCCUACCACAUUUUCCCACUCGUAUUUUGUAAUAUUCAAUGUUUGAAAUUGUAUUUCAUUGCAGAGAUUGCAAUUGCUAUUAUUAUUAUUAAUACCAUUACCUUUAUUACUAUUGAUUUUCAUUGUACCUAACGAAUGUUAAAUCUUAUGUUAUUUUUAAAUGAAGGAUAAUUCUUUAAAAAAAAUAGUAAGAAAUAUUACACUUAUCAACAGUUGCUUAUCUUUUUAGUUCCCAACUUUCUCUGCUAUUACUUCCCUUUUUUUUUAAACCCAUUAACCUCAAAAAUUCCUUCCCCCUUUUUUUCCCCCAAAUUCUCUUGUAACUUACCUCUACUUAAUCCUUAAAGUGGAUCAACCAUUACCUCCCUUCAUAUCUUCCAACAAUUACUUCCCUUCCUGUUCCCUACCAACUCAGUACACUUCGUAAUCUUAUAAAAAGUAUUUUAUGUUAUCUUAUCGUUAUCAUUAUUAUAAAUAUUUUGUUUACCUUAAGAUAAUUAUUUUUUAUAAUUAUUUUUCCUUUUAAUGUGACUACUGAAACUAUUUGUUUCAUUGGAUUUUAGCCCCCCCCCCCCCCCAUUUUCCACCCUAAAAAAAAUAACCAUUAUUUUCAUCUUCAUUGUUUUCUGAUCAUCAUUCCCCUUACAAUCCUAUGCGCUUGUACAAUAUAAUUGUUUCAUCAUGGGUGUAACUCAAAUCUGCUUUAUUUUUUCAUCUUUUAAAAAUUACACCUUGGACCUUUUGUUUUUCCUUCUGUAAAACUUCUCAGCUAUUUAGUUUUAAAGAUGAAAGGGUCAUCCAUUUGCGACGUUUAUGGACAAAUGUUAAAGGACUAUUUACACAAUAAAUUUGAGAAGCUGUUUACAAUGUACAAAA